AUGGAAGAAAAUCAAACGGAAGAACAAGACGACGAGAGGCCGCCGGUUUUCAGCGCGGACCCGGUCGAGGGCCAUUUUGUGAAUUGGCAAGAAUUGGUGGCCUCCGGUGCGAUUUCGCCAUCCCGAACGUUAUCAUCGUCCCAAAUGCCGAAGGCGAAGAGGAGGAAAAAGCCGGACCCGGCCGGCGUACGCGUCGUCCGGUCUGCCGGCCGGAAGGACCGGCACAGCAAGGUCUGCACCGCCAGGGGGACGCGCGACCGGCGCGUGAGGCUGUCACCCGGGACCGCCAUCCAGUUCUACGACGUCCAGGACAGGCUCGGCUACGACCGGCCGAGCAAGGCCAUUGACUGGCUCAUGAGGGAGGCCAAAGCCGCCAUCGACGCCCUGGACGCUGACACGCCGCCGCCGCCACCCGCCGGUUUUUUGGGGAAUUACGGCCGCGCCGCCGCGAACCUCGAAAUUCGGAAAAUUGGGCCGGAGAACACCGCGGAUUUGUCCGGUUUUGGCUGCAUUCCCGGCGAUUAUCAGCCGGGAAUUUCGCCGCCGGUCCCAUUAGCGGCUUCCGAUGGGAUAUUCGAUGCGAAUUUGGAACUGGGUAAAAUGCAGAGGGUGUUGGCCUGGAAUUACGUUGCCGGGCCGAACCAUUUCGAUGGGCCUGGGCCUUCUGUUUUGGGCCGCGGCCAGAUCUCAAGGGAACCCCUUCAGUCCAGUUGUUCGAGAGUUGCGGAUUGUGAUAAUCCGAUGAGCGCUUUCGAUUUUUCCGAUGAUCUGCUGCCGGAUUUUGCCCCACCGGAAGAAAACGACGUGGAAGACAUGUAUAGAAUCCCUGUUUCCGGCGAGCAAUCUUCUUUUCUGCAUUUUGAAGGAUAA